AGAACUUCCCUUACUUUAAUAGAUUUUUUCCCUAACCCACUACUUUGGAUUAUUUUAGAAAUUAAUGAACAACGAAAUCAAUAUAAGAUAACUGCUUUACUACAAAAAAAUUAUUCGUAAAAAUACAACUUUAAUAUUCAUAGCUAUUACUUAAUCACAACGCAGUAUCACCCUUAUGUCCCAUUAGUUUAGUCAAGGUCGACUCUCUGUCCAUUCACAGGAAGAUUUAAGAUUAUCCACUAAUGUGACCAAUUCCACCAUUCUUCCUCAUAUUAAUCUUCGCUACAGCAGUGUCCAUUCAUCAGAGUCAAUUAAAUCUCAUCAUAAUGCAUUUAAUCCCUUUACUUAGAUACAAGUACCCUCCACUAAUCAAAUAGAGUUUUAUCAAUAAAAGCCAAAAAACAAUUUCUGAACUAAGGCAGCAGACCCAAUAAUUAAAGCAAGAAAUUUAAAUAAUAAUGGAAUAGCAUGAACAGCAAUUUUAAGAGCUCCAAUCCUAAUUACAACAAGGAAUUCAAAUCAAGUAUAAAUUAUUAAAAGAUGACAAUAUAAAUACAGUCAUGGAGUCUUAUCGUCUUAAAAAAGAGGUUGUGCGCUUAAUUAAAUCUAAAUCGUAGAUGCUAGAAGAAGCAAAUAAACUAAAAAAAAGAAUUACAGAACUUGAAUCAAUAUUAUAGUCCAUUAAACUUGAUCUAAAAUGAUUAAUUUUUAUAUAAUAAAUUUGUAAAUUAGUUGUUGGGAUGUAAGCAAGACCUUAUAAGGACAUCUCUAAUCUUAAUUGGAUUAGAUGGAUCAAUUGAUAUAGAUUUUAGAUAACAAAUACAUACUUUGGAAACAGCCCAAAAAAUUUACUUAAAUUCAUCCAAAAAUUAGUCAAAAUUUCCAAGAAUGGCUUUAUGAGUAAAGUCAAGUAUAUUUAUAAAAUUAAAUACCUUAAUAGAGUUUAUUGACAAAAGAUAGAAAUACUAAUUUGAUUUAGAAUAAACUGUUAUCUCUAUAAAAAAACAUUCUACAAAAUUGAAUUAGAUAAAUGUUAUAUUCUAUGAGUUUAACUCAUGCCUUAUUUAAAAGGUCUACUUUCACUUAUAUGCCUAACUAUUUAAAUAAGUUUUGUAAAAGCCCAUAUUCGAAAUCAAAUAAAUUUUCAACCAUUAUUGA